ACCUCCCUGGAAAAUUGAUCUGAGAUGUUAAGAUAUCCUAAAUCAUUUUAUUGGGGAUCCAAUAAGAGUAAAGUCUCAAAGUCAACUCAAUUUUAAAAAGAGAUAAUUGAAUGGAUAGCACCAAGUGAUUUGAGAAAACAUUUAUGCAAUCAAGAUGAUGGGGAAAAAGUCAAUCUUGUUUUUAGAAGAUAACCUAUCUUAGAAUUUCAGUCCAAGAUGCUCAUUGCUACUUUGUAGUGGGAAUUUUCUUCUUUCGUUAAAUUGAUAUGGUGCCUUUUAUUGUCAGGUUUAUUUUAAUUAAUACUUUCUUGCUAUUGCAGUCCUUUGUAACGCACAGGAUACUCUUACGAUCUACAGGUUCAUAAUUUUAAUUGUGGCGGAAUGGAAGUCUUAAAUUGUUUUCUUUCUUCAUUCUUAUGGUUUCCAGUUCAUUCUUAUUAGUAUAAUUAUACAUUUCUUGUGACUAUUUUCCAGAUGAAGACUUCAUUGAUAGCGAGCAUCAAAAUUUCCCUGUCUAUCUAUCUGAAUGGAUGGUGCCACCCCUAAAUUCCUUGGACAAAUUCAUAGUGAAAGAUGCUGGUCUGUCUAUCAUUUCCUGAAGUUGUUUUGCAGGGUCAAGGAUAAUCUCAAUCUCAAUCUCAAGCAACUCUUUUCUUGACAUCUCGCACCAUGCCAGGUCAUAAUUAUUUCUGAAAUACACUUCUAUUCAUCAGAACAUGUAUAUGUAAGUGUUAAGAAAACUGUUUUACAG